AUGUUUAGUAGAUUCCUUGAAAAAAAGUAAAAUUUCAAUUUUUCACAGUUUGAAGCAGCAUGGGCCCUAACCAACAUAGCCUCUGGCACAAGCACGCAGACCCGAAUUGUAAUAGAAGCUGGUGCAGUACCUAUCUUCAUCCGCCUCUUGAGCUCAGAUUUUGAAGAUGUCCAAGAACAGGCUGUUUGGGCACUAGGCAACAUUGCAGGAGAUUCACCAGAUUGCCGUGAUUAUGUUUUGUCUGAAAAUAUUCUUAUGCCUCUAUUACAGCUCCUCAGUAAAUCCACUCGACUCUCAAUGACAAGGAAUGCAGUUUGGGCACUCAGUAACCUGUGCCGAGGAAAGAACCCACCACCAGACUUUGCCCGUGUAUCCCCAUGUCUCCCAGUUCUGUCCCGUCUACUCUUCCAUAGUGAUGCUGAUGUAUUAGCAGAUGCCUGUUGGGCUCUUAGUUACCUUAGUGAUGGACCCAAUGAAAAGAUUCAGGCAGUUAUUGAUGCUGGUGUAUGCCGCAGACUUGUGGAACUCUUAAUGUUUAAUCAGCACAGUGUUGUUGCAGCUGCCUUGAGAGCAGUAGGAAAUAUUGUAACUGGAGAUGAUGUUCAAACACAGGUAAUCCUUAACUGUUCUGCCUUGCCAUGUCUGCUACACCUGCUAGCAUCCCCCAAGGAAUCCAUCCGAAAAGAAGCAUGCUGGACCAUUUCAAAUAUCACAGCUGGCAAUCGCUCUCAGAUUCAAGCUGUGAUAGAUGCAAACAUAUUUCCUGUUUUGAUUGAGAUCCUUGGCAAAGCUGAAUUCAAGACCAGGAAGGAAGCUGCAUGGGCCAUCACCAAUGCCACUUCUGGUGGAACACCUGCACAGAUUAGAUACCUUGUUGAACAGGGCUGUAUACCACCUCUCUGUGAUCUGCUAACAGUCAUGGAUGCCAAAAUUGUCCAGGUGGCUCUUAAUGGCAUUCAGAACAUUCUUCAGCUUGGUGAACAAGAAGCCAAGACAACAUUUGGUGUCAAUCCAUAUGCUGUGUUAGUUGAAGAAUGCUAUGGGCUAGAUAAGAUAGAAUUUCUUCAAAGUCAUGAAAACUUGGAGAUCUAUCAAAAGGCCUUUGAGAUCAUUGAACACUACUUUGGAGGAGAAGAGGAAGACUCCAAGGUUGCACCGUCCGUUGAUGAAUCUGGACAGCAAUUCCAGUUUAACCCUGACGCUGGUGCUCCUCCUCAAGGAGGAUUUAAUUUCUAACAGGAGCUGCUGAUACCACAAGUUGAGUUCUGCAGAAUAAGAAAUCUGUAGCACUGGGACCCACCGUAGAAAAGAGGUUUAUGAUAACUGUCUUUGUGUGGGAUGGUUCUGCAUGAUAGAAUUUGAUACAUGCUACAUAUGAACUGGCUUUUAUGUUCGGAAAUCAUACAUUCAUAUUUUUAGGGAAUUAAAGACCUAGCAGAAAGUUUAAUGAAGGUCUUGAUUAAUGAAUUUGGAAAUGGAAUUAUGAAAUAUGAAAUAUAUAAUUGACAAAAAUAACCAAGAAAAAUUCAGGUAAACAUAAGUUCUCAGUCAAUAUUUUUCAUCCAAUAUUCAGUGAUUUUUCCCUGGGCAAAAAUCUUGAGAAACCAGUAGUGUUUCUGAUGCAAGUGCAAUUUUGUUUUCUUCUAAAGGGAGGAGUACCAGCCAUAUAUAUAAAUAGUUAUAUAUGAUUAUUUAGAAAUAUGUACACAAGAUUAGAGUCAGCCCUCAAAACUCUUACAUCAAGACCUUAAAUCUCUUCAAUUUUCGUUAUUCUAUCAGUAUUUUUUCCUGUCUUCUCAUUGUUAAUUAGUUGGGCAAUUUAUUUCUCAAGAUACAUCUAAUCUAUCAGCUCUUGUUGACACAUAGUUGAGCAUCCCAGUGUUAAUGAGUCAAUCAAGUUUGCAAGUUUUGGAAAAUUAGUUAUUUGUUCUACAAAUUCCAUUACAAAAAAGUUUCCAGCGAGCUGUUGCUCUAGAAUAGGAAAAUGCAAAAUUUAAAAUGAAUAGAUACCUACUAGUAAGGUAUGGAUAGUAUUUUACUAGUCAGAACAAAUUGCAUUUUUCUUGCACUUGGGCAGACAUAUUGGACCUAAGCUUUAGCCUGUGGUUUGAUGCUCUUUACACUAUGGUAUAAGUGCUCAUUCUGUUUGGCCUCCUAGUCUCAUUGGUCUUGAAAAGAGAAAUAUUUGUGUAAGAUAUAGCGAGGAAAUAUGAAAUGUCAUGUUUCAGUACUAUUUUCUCAACAAAAAAGAUAUCAAGGAAAAUGAGGUGUAAUAGGUAAAAUUUAGUUUAUUAGAAAUUAUGACACCUGAUUUUUGGUAUUCCACAAAUGUCUGUUGUCUUAUACAUUUCAGGUGAUGGAACAGAUUGAUUUGAUUAGGAUUACUUAGGCCAGAUUAUUGAUGAAUCCCCAAACAUAAUGGAAAUGUGUUAAUGUAAUAAUUCCAACUGUUGACUAGAUGGAGAGUGUAAUAAGGGAUGAAUGGGAUGAUUCCUUUUUGCAGUGUAGUUUUCCAGUUUUCGUAUCAGCACCAAGGAAUUUGAUUUUAUUCCCCUCCCCCACUCCCUACAUGAAAUUAACCCUUUCUGCUUUAAGAUAUGGAAUUGUUGAGCCAAAUAUUAUAGAGGAAAUAAGUGCUGCUUUUUUGUCUUAGUAGUUUGUCAGGAAGUUGUGAGAAUGUAUGUUACUAUGUCUGUUAAACAGGAAGUGCUGUGAGGUGUCGUGAUUGAGGUGUAACUGACUAGGGCGUUGGUUAGCCACGACGACGACGACUAUGACACAUGAAGUCAUUAAUAGGAUGUUCAAGUUAUUGUUAUUUGACGCAUUGGGGUUGUCACCAUAUAGAAAAGGGAAGUAAUUAGCCAAGCCACUUUAUAUGUUGAUUUGUUUUUCCCAGUGAAAAUAAGUGUUUUAGUUUACGAAGAAGUAAUGCAGAAUAGAUGCAUGAUCAUGUGCCAACUUAUAAAAACAGUGAAUGCACAACACUUUGCAUGUAAUUGUUUCAGAUCUUAUCUAUUGAGAAACAUUUUUUUAUUUAGAUAUCAAUAUUGUAUUACAGUUACUUUAGCUGAGUAAACAUUAUAAGUUAAAACUAUACAUAAUGGUAUGGCAGUGGCUUACCCUAGUUCCUACAUAAGUUUGGACUAAAAUGCAAAGAUUUGAUAAAAGAGGAGUAGCAUUAGAUGGGAGUGAAUGAGUAUAUUUAGUUUGAUUAUAAUUUCUUUUUAUUACUGUAUGUAGGGCUGUCAAGGAAAAGUCAUUUUUUUUUUUUCCUUUCAGACUUUAUUUGGCAAUGUUUGAUACUUACAUUUUUUAAAGAUAUAAAUGUUCCUUGACUAAAUGGUUCCAAUGGGCUUAUGUUUCCUCAUGAUUUGGGUGUGUUGGAUAAAUAUUUUUGGUGAAGGAUACACCAUCAAUGUGUCUUGAUAGUGAUGCACAGUUUGUGUUACUUGUCAUGUCACGAAGAUGACUUGGUUGUUGCUUGAUCAAAGAUAAUUUUACCAACAUUACCUGUGACAUGGACAAGUGGUUGAAUGAGUAAGGUAGGAUUACCCAAAGGGAAACUAUAUAAUUUCUCAAAGAAAUGUUAAAAGUACCUUAGGCAGCUCUUUUACCUGCUCAUCUUUGUUGGUCAUGUCAUAUGGCAAGUUUGCCAGAUGUGAUUAGAACCAAAAAUGUAGUUAACUGGUAGUCAUUCAAUAGGCUGAAUUUUGAAACUUGACUUUACUUUUAUACCAUUUUUUAAGUUGCAUUAAGUAAUGUUUAGAUUUCUGAACCGUUAGAAGUUUGAAAUACAAAACACAUUACAAAAAUCAAACAGGGAGCUGAAGAGAAGUCAAAUUUUAUGAUUGAGCCCAUUGCUCUAGAUCUGUAAUAGCUCAAGUUAUGGUUUGCCAUUAUUUUGAUAUGUGAUCAAGUUUUAGUUGGCCAUUUUGUUUAUUUUUUGAAGAAAGGCUGUGUUGGCACCAGAGUCAGCCAUUUUGUGUGCUCGUUGUAGAGUGCAUAUGAGUUUUGAUUGCUUUAAUUGAGAUAUUGGAUGGAUGUUUGUUUGUGUUUGUAUAAGUGCGUGUAAAUGAGUUUUGUAAUGGUUUGUCGUACUGACUUCAAUACACCUUAAAUACAGACUUACAUGGUUUAUAUUUACUAUAAAAGGAGAUGAUUCUAAGAUAUCUGAUGUAACAUGUAUGUGAUGAAGUGCAUUCAUGAGUUGCCAUGAUUAGAAUACAUAAUACUAAUAGCCCAGAUUGAUUUUAAAAGUCAAAUUACUCAUAAAGCGGCUUUUAAAUCUCUGAAAGGCCACAUGCCACAGGAUUAGAAUUAUGUUUUUUAACAUGGUGUUACAUCUUGAAUUCAUAUGUGAGACCUGUGUUUUCCUGAACAUAACCAAGUGUGAUGUGCUUCCUCUGCCUCAGUUUUGGAAAUAUGUGGAAUUUAACCACUGGGGCAGUGUUAAAAGUGUGCCGCAUGAAUUGAUGCUGGUGACAUUUACUUGUGGACUCUGGUGACAUGAAAAAGUGGACACUAGUGACAUUGAAGUUGGACACUGGUGACAUUUAAAUGUGGACACUAGUGACCUUUACAAGUGGACACGGAUGAUGUACGGUAGUAGACACUAGUGACUGACUUUUCCCAAGGGAAUAACUGUAUGUGCUGUGAGUGUACAAGUGACCACUUGUAAUACUAUGAUUUCUGUCCAGGUGAAGUGUGAUAAGCCACUAAGUGUGCAGAAGUGAACAUUGUGAGGUGACUAAUGCCCAAAUGAAUCUUUGUAUGAGUGUAUUGUAUACACUUUCUCAUUUGUAUUUCUGUAUGAUGUACAUCUAUCAGGAGAGAUUUCUUCAUAGUUGUAAAGUGUGGUAGGAAUUUCUACAGAAGUGUAUUGUAUACCUUACAGCAUGUGUGUAAGAGAACAGAUGAGUUCUUUUGUAUUUAUGAGGUCAAAAUGCCUUUCCUUUGUGAGCAUGUCUGUAAGAAUUUAUUUCCAAGUUGACCAAGUGCUUUCUUUGUAAGUAAUGAACCACUGGUGAGUUGUCCUGCUAGCGACAGAGUGGUUGCUGCUGCAUUUGGCUUUGGAAUUAAGAUGGCUGAAGUAAAUUAAGUGAAGCCAUACCAUAUCUUACUCUAGGUUUUGUAUGAAAAGUACUGUAUGAAAUCUAUAGUAAAGGCAACCUUUGGUUUGUUAACUUUUGCAUUCUAAGUAUUUUACUUCUGCUCAUCUUGAACUUAGCCAUUUUCAGUGAGGCAUAUAUAUUGCAAUUGUAGCAGUAUAUGAUGCCCUUGUGAUAGUGAAGGUAGUGAUAGUGUUUAUGAUAGUGAGGGUAGUGAUAGUGUCAGUGAUGCUACUGUAUUACUCUGUAUGAAUGUGGCAAUUGAGUAAAUGUUGAGUAUGAGUAAAUGAUGCUCCCUGACCCA